AUGGGGCCCCCGGGCAAUAGGGGAUCAUGGGGCCCCUGUGUCCUUGCCCAAACUCAAAAAAGCCUAUGAAAAAGUCUGAUGUUUGUGCAUGACAAAAGUGCACUGAAACAGGCUUAUAUAGGUCAAUUUGUUCACCCUUCCCUACCUUUGAUAGGACCACCCUAAUGUCAGUCCCAGGGGCGGACUGACAACUCAUGCGACCCCCGGGCAAUAGGGAUCAUGGGGCCCCUGUGUCCUUGCCCAAACUCAAAAAAGCCUAUGAAAAAGGUACCAGGGGCAUCUCAUGGGGCCCCCUACUGACCCCGGGCCGUCAGCAGUGCCCGAGUUUCCAAAUGGUCAGUCCGCCCAUG